CCCCCUCGGGAAAAGGAUGGCGGCGGCACCUACCCAGAUCGAAGCCGAGCUGUAUUACCUGAUCGCUAGGUUCUUGCAGUCCGGACCCUGCAACAAAUCCGCUCAGGUGCUAGUGCAGGAGCUCGAGGAGCAUCAGCUGAUUCCGCGCCGCUUAGAUUGGGAGGGGAAAGAGCACCGAAGAAGCUUCGAGGAUCUGGUGGCAGCCAAUGCACACAUUCCUCCAGACUACCUCCUUAAAAUUUGUGAGCGGAUUGGUCCCUUACUUGAUAAGGAGAUCCCUCAGAGUGUUCCUGGGGUACAGACAUUACUAGGUGUCGGUCGACAGUCUUUGUUACGGGAUGCCAAAGACUGUAAGAGUACACUAUGGAAUGGGUCUGCUUUUGCAGCUCUACAUAGAGGCAGACCUCCAGAACUACCUGUAAAUUAUGUGAAACCUCCAAAUGUGGUGACUAUCACCUCUGCCAGGCAACUAACCGGAUGUAGUCGCUUCAGCCAUAUUUUCCCUUCAUCUGCUUACCAGCACAUUAAGAUGCAUAAGAGGAUUCUGGGGCAUUUGUCAUCUGUCUACUGUGUAGCAUUUGACAGAAGUGGGAGAAGAAUUUUUACAGGUUCAGAUGACUGUUUGGUAAAAAUUUGGGCUACAGAUGAUGGACGCCUUCUUGCUACACUUCGAGGGCACUCUGCUGAAAUUUCUGAUAUGGCUGUUAACUAUGAAAACACUCUUAUUGCCGCAGGCAGCUGUGAUAAGGUUGUAAGAGUAUGGUGUCUUCGAACUUGUGCACCGGUUGCAGUCCUUCAGGGACAUUCAGCUUCUAUUACUUCCAUACAGUCGCUCAUAAGUGGUAUGUUCAUUACAACAGGGAGCACUGAUCAUGUGAUUAGAAUAUAUUAUUUGGGUUCUGAGAUCCCUGAGAAAAUUGCUGAAUUAGAAUCACAUACGGAUAAAGUUGUUGCUGUUCAGUUCUGUAACAAUGGAGACAGGAAUAAUUUGCCCUCUGGAGAAGACAAGGUCACUAAACUUAAAGUGACUAUGGUAGCAUGGGAUCGCUAUGAUACCACAGUUAUUACGGCAGUGAACAAUUUCCUUUUGAAAGUAUGGAAUUCUAUCACAGGGCAGCUUCUUCAUACUUUAUCUGGACAUGAUGAUGAAGUAUUUGUUUUGGAAGCACAUCCAUUUGAUCAAAGGAUCAUACUUUCGGCGGGUCAUGAUGGGAACAUUUUUAUUUGGGAUCUUGACCGGGGGACCAAAAUUCGGAAUUACUUUAACAUGAUUGAAGGCCAAGGUCAUGGUGCAGUGUUUGAUUGUAAAUUUUCCCCAGAUGGAAACCAUUUUGCCUGUACAGAUUCUCAUGGGCAUUUGUUGCUUUUUGGUUUUGGAUGCAGUAAAUACUAUGAAAAGAUUCCAGAUCAGAUGUUCUUCCACACGGAUUAUCGACCACUUAUCCGUGAUGCCAAUAACUAUGUGUUGGAUGAACAAACCCAACAAGCUCCUCACCUCAUGCCUCCCCCAUUUUUGGUGGAUGUCGAUGGAAAUCCUCAUCCCACAAAAUUCCAGCGCCUAGUUCCAGGACGGGAAAAUUGUAAAGAUGAACAACUUAUACCACAGCUGGGAUAUGUGGCUAAUGGUGAUGGUGAGGUGGUAGAACAGGUAAUUGGGCAGCAAACCAAUGACCAAGACGAAAGCAUUCUUGAUGGAAUAAUCAGAGAGCUACAGAGAGAACAAGAUCUGAGACUAAUUAAUGAAGGAGAUGUUCCACAUUUUCCAGUUAAUAGAUCAUACUCUGUUAAUGGUGCUCUGAGAAGUCCAAAUAUGGACAUAUUGUCUUCCCCAAACAUUGGGCUCCGACGUAAUGGUCAAAUUGAAGGUGUCCGACAAAUGCAUAAUAAUGCUCCUCGGAGCCAGAUGGCCACAGAAAGAGAUCUCAUGGCAUGGAGCAGAAGAGUGGUGGUCAACGAACUACAUAAUGGGGUUAGUAGUGAUUCUUCAAGUGAAUAUUCUGAUUGGACAGCAGAUGCUGGAAUAAAUUUGCAACCACCAAAAAGACAAACCAGACAGGCAACACGGAAAAUAUGCAGUAGCUCUGAGGAGGAGAAUUUGAAGUCACUAGAAGAAAGGCAGAAGAAACCCAAGCUGACUAGAAAGAAGAAAGGAGGACUGGUUUCUAUGGCAGGUGAGCCCAAUGAAGAAUGGUUUGCCCCUCAGUGGAUCUUGGAUACCAUACCUCGACGUUCCCCAUUUGUCCCACAAAUGGGAGAUGAGGACCAUUUUUCUCAGUUUAUACUUUGGUAUCAUGACAUGCCAGAUGUCAUUGACUUCCUUGUGCUACAUCAGUUUUAUAAUGAAGCCAAAGAAAGGAACUGGCAGAUUGGUGAUAGAUUCCGCAGUAUAAUAGAUGACGCCUGGUGGUUUGGGACUGUGGAGAGUCAGCAGCCUUUUCAACCAGAGUAUCCUGAUAGUUCUUUCCAGUGUUACAGUGUUCAGUAAGUACAGUUAGGGUCUUUUAUGCCUGAUAUAAUACUAUAUAUAUUGCCUUCCCUUCUUGUUUAUAUGUUGAUUAUUAUUUGUUCACAUGAAAUGUUAAUAUCCUUUAUAGCUACCUUUUUUGAUUUUGGUAAUUCUUUAGAUUUUGCCAGCCCUUUUGCUGUUCCGGUGGAUCUCAGUGCCUACCCCUUGUAUUGUACUGUAGUUGCUUAUCCGACUGACCUCAACACCAUCAGGCGGAGGCUUGAAAAUCGCUUUUACAGGAGAAUAUCAGCAUUAAUGUGGGAGGUACGCUACAUUGAGCAUAAUGCCAGGACUUUUAAUGAGCCAGACAGCCCUAUAGUUAAAGCAGCAAAAAUUGUAACUGAUGUCUUACUUCGAUUUAUUGGGGAUCAGAGCUGUACUGAUAUACUAGAUACUUAUAAUAAAAUUAAAGCAGAAGAACUAAACAGUACUGAUGCAGAGGAGGAUACAGAAAUGGUUGAUUUAGAUUCAGAUGGUCCUGGUACUUCAUCUGGAAGAAGGGUCAAAUGCCGAGGCAGAAGACAGUCUUUAAAGUGUAAUCCUGAUGCUUGGAAAAAACAAUGCAAAGAACUGUUGAGCCUCAUUUAUGAACGUGAAGACUCAGAGCCAUUCCGACAGCCAGCUGAUCCUCUUUUUUACCCAGGCCAUCAAGAGCAAGAUGGGGAAUCCUCAGAGUCAGUUGUUGCAGAAAGACAAGAUCCAUCUCUUUCUGAGGAUUAUCAAGAUGUUAUAGACACUCCUAUGGACUUCAGCACUGUAAAAGAAACUUUGGAAGCAGGAAACUAUGGUAGUCCUCUGGAAUUUUAUAAGGAUGUUCGCCAAAUAUUCAGCAACUCCAAAGCUUAUACGUCUAAUAAAAAGUCAAGGCACCUCCAUGAUUUUAUCCCAUCUGUUUUGGAUCACUCUCUUGAUGGACCUCUUACAAAUGGUGAUGGCAGAGAGCCCCGGACAGGAAUCAAGAGAAAAUUACUUAAUGCUUCAGAAGAAGAUGAAAGCAUGGGAGGAGAAGAGAAAGAGGAAAAAGAAACAAAAGAGAAAUCACAUUUAUCCUCCUCAGAGAGUGGAGAGUUAGGAUCCAGUUUAAGUUCUGAAAGUACCUGUGGGUCUGAUUCUGACUCUGAAUCAACUUCCAGAACAGAUCAAGACUACGUAGAUGGAGACCAUGACUAUAGUAAAUUCAUACAAGCCAGACCUAAAAGAAAACUCAGAAAGCAACAUGCCAAUGGAAAAAGAAACUGGAAGACAAGAGGCACAGGAGGAAGAGGCAGAUGGGGAAGAUGGGGUAGAUGGAGUAGAGGAGGCAGAGGAAGAGGUGGCAGGGGACGAGGGGGUCGAGGAAGAGGUGGAAGUGGCACUAGGGGAAGAGGGAGAGGGAGAGGUGGAAGAGGUGCUUCUAGAGGAGCCACCAGAGCCAAGCGAGCACGUAUGGCAGAAGAUGAAUUUGACACCAUGUUUUCGGGACGAUUCAGUAGACUGCCUCGAAUUAAAACAAGAAACCAAGGCAGGAGGACUGUUUUAUAUAAUGAUGAUUCUGAUAAUGACAAUUUUGUGUCCACUGAGGAUCCUCUGAAUCUUGGUACAUCCAGAUCAGGCAGAGUGCGUAAAAUGACAGAAAAAGCCAGGGUUAGCCAUCUCAUGGGAUGGAAUUAUUAACAGUUAAUAAAUUUAGAAUAAUUUAAAAAAUUCAAA